AUGUCUGGUGGGUUCAGUUUCGGAGCUCCCGCUCAAGCAUCUUCCCAGCCACAAGGUAAAGCACCUGGAUUCUCCUUUGGAUCUGGCUUUGGCCCCGCGCAGUCAACGCAGUUAACCCAACAGCCACAGCAGUCACAGCCUGCCCCAUCAUUCACGUUCGGUGCAUCAUCCACAAGUGCACCAACCUCAGCCAACACUGGAACUACUGGCUUUGGAUUCAGCUUCGCGGCUAAGCCGCAGGUCUCAGGGGCUGGAGGCAUCGGCCAGACAACUUCUUCCGUAGCUCCCACAACAACGGCGCCAACUACAGCAUCUGCUCCUGCUCCCUUUUCAUUUGGGGCACCUGCUGCUCAGUCUUCACAACCUGCACAGCCCACACAACAACCACCGCCGUCAACAGCACCAGCAACCACUGCACCUUUUGCAUUUGGCAAGCCGUCCGAGCCUGUCACUGUUAAUAAGGCAAAGGAAGAUCAGCCGUCAAUAGCUAGUGGAACACAACCAGUCAUGGAUGCCCGGCUCGUUGAACUGGAGGGCAAAAAGGUCUCAGGUAUUCUUGAUAACUUGUAUAGUGUUCUUUUAAAAGAUUUAGGUACAGCUAACAAGCAUUCUGCCGCAUUGAUAGCUUGCGAGAAAGACAUUGAGCUUCUCGAGGAGACCAUGAAACAGUUUUCCUCGAAGCUCACAUAUAUUCAGCAAAAACAGUCUGCUACAGAAGAAUCACUGCGAAAGCUAUAUGAGCUGCAAUGUGAUGUCCUUGAUAUUGUAAAGAAAAUGGAAGAUUAUUCGCAGUACACUGCGCACCCCUUAACCCACGCCAUCAAUACCGUGGAGAGUAAUCUUCUGACCCUGGAACAGAAAAUCUUGUCAUCAAGCGUUAUCGAUAGAGAAGUACUAGAAGUGUAUCAAGGUCUCCAGAGGCAGAUUUCUCUUAUAGCUAUGCUCGAGGCGGAAGCGCAGUAA